GUUCCUUCUUCAUGUAGUGGGUGUUCUCUUACGGGCAUAGGAAUAAUAAACAAGAAAAUUUCUAAAAGUUAACUUCUAAAAAAUAUAUACGUUAUUACGUUAUAGUGAAUAUAUAUGAGCACAAUGAUGAUGGAGGACAUCGAAAGUGAAGAGGUGAAAAACCUACAAAUUGAAUUUGAAUGGGUUAUGAGGGAUGAGGUUCAUUCCAUUUUGAAGAAACUUAGAGAAAUUUUAAUGGAAUGUGCCCGACGCUUUCCAGUUCCUCUUUACGACAAUGAGGGCAAACGUACUGAAAAAUUCCAUUUGGUUGCGGCACAGGACCAAUUGAAAUGUACUGUGACGCUGACUGGUGAUAGCAUUACACAAGCGGACAUUAGUUUCAAACUGAAACGUUCCUCAUCCCAAGUUCAACGAACGACAAUUACAUCCGAUGCUCCCUGGAAAUUACAACAAGUACAAGAUGCUGCCAAUCAUUUACAACAGGCUAUUAAUCAUAUUGAUAAUGUUGAUGAGAAUUAUAAAUUUCGUUCCUCUGAAGAAGUUCUGCAAAUAAUUGGCGAAUUAAUUGGAGCCUUACAGCGAGGACGUACAAGUCUUAUAAUACCAAAGAAGAAAUCAAUAGAAGACUUGAUGAAUAGUCGUAAUAUGAAAUCCCUAGCGCCAAAUCUACCCGAAGAUCAAGCAAUAUCCUUUUUCUUACAAUGCCACAAAUUGAUAAUAGCCGUUUAUCAAUUGCUUAAUGUCCAAGGUACCAUGAAAAUGGAGGCCACCCAGGCAGAAUGUUCUGUCGGUUGGCUGAAUGAUGUUCUCGUCCUAUUCACCGUUGGCUUGACUCUGUGCCAACAACUUAAAGAUAAAAUGAACGCAUUUAAAAUGGAUACUUUAAGUUAGUAACAUUUUGUUUUAAAUCUUUUAUGCGCAUUUUGUUAUAUGCAAUUUUUUACAUAUAUAUACAUAUGUGCUAUUUAAAAUAAUAAAAUAAAAAAAAAACAUAUAUAUACAUAUAUAAUUUUAGUCAAACGUAUCCCUACUAUAUAGUUAUACAAGCAUACAUACAUUCUUUACAAAAAAUGAAAGAAUCGAGAUAAUAAAAAUGAAAGCUAUACUUAAAACAAGUCAUAGUCAGCACCAGAGCCAGUCAGUCAGUCAGUCUGCAUACAUACAUAUAACAUAUUUUAAAGAAUGAAUGUACUUAAUUUUUAAGCCAAUUGUAUUAAGGUUAAUAAGUUAUUAAAGUUGUUGUUGUACUACAUAGACUAAAACAAGCGAAAUAACAAAAAAAGGAAAAACAAAAAGAUAAUUAAUUUAUAGGUCGAUUAUUUGGAUUGCAAUCCAACUUCAGUUGAGUUGCCAACAGGCUGAAAGUUCUAAAUACUGAUAUCGACUGAAACUGACAAAAGAUUUCAACUUCAUGAUUUUAUCUUCUGACUACGCAACUUUAGUUGAGUUGCCAUUCAUAAUCGACCCCUUAAAAAUUAAGAAAAUAAUACAGUGAGCAGAUGUAUAGCAUAUUCUACAUUUAAAUAAGUAAAGAAGCAAUUGUUUUUAGAUGACGAAGCAAAUAAUCCUGACGAUAUCAUGAACAAAAAAGAAAAAAAGAAAAGAAAAAUCUUAACAUAACACAUAAAUUAUGCAUUACAUACACAAUAUAUGACAAUAAAUUUUAAGCAAAAACAAUGAAUGUAGAGAAAUACCAAAAACCAAUUGACAAUGUGUACUAACUAACAAAGGUUAAGUAAAAGUAUUUUGUGAAAUGUCUUAUUCCUUAAUGAAAACAAAGAACCCUACAAUAUUAUUGUACAUCUAACGAAUCUAUUAUGAUUAUUAUUAUAAUUAUAAAUAUUUAUUAUAUGAAUUUAAUGUGAAUUUAAUCCUCAAGUAUUUUGUUCUUGUUCUCACACAUAUACACACACACAUUCACACAUCACUUAACUCACAUUUCCAAGAAGAUCUCUUAAUAAGAAUGUUAUUGCUAACAACAUUUUUCCUUUUUUUAAGUAUUUAAACGUAUUUAUGUACUUAUGAGAUUAUUUUUUUCUUUUGGACACUUUAACCCUACUGCAAAGUAUUCAUAUACAUAUAUAAAAGUUAUUUGUUAAUAAUACCAUUACAUUUAUAAACAAAAUGAAAACAAGUUUUAUUAUUAAAAAAUUGGAAAUUACAAAACAACCAUAUCCCCGAGUAAAAGAAGUUGAUAUGGUCAGAUCCAAUUGUAUCUGGCAUCAGAUAUAAGUGAAUCCGAAAAUAGUUAUAUAUAAUUGGAUCUAAUUGUAUCAAAUUAGAUCUAAUUGGAUACCAUCUGAUACAAUUCGAUACAAUUGUAACUUGAAUUUGUACCAGAUAUAAACAGAUCCAAUUAUCUUAUAUAUAAAAUUCAAAUUGUGUUUGUUUGUUUGUUUGUUCCGUAUAGACUCAAAAACAGCUGAAACGAUUACCUUGAAAUUUUCACAGAUUGUGUAGGUUGGUCUGGAGGGAAACAUAGGCUAUAUAAUUUUUUGAUAUCGAAAGGGGGGGGGGGGGGCGGACCC